UUAUUAUGAAAUUCACAUAUUCUCCUCCCGGAUGUUUUUCACCGCGGUGAAAAAUACAGGAUUUAUCAUUCAUUGUUUUCAAAAUGAACGAUGUCUGUUUAGAUAGACAUUUGUUGUAGUUUGGCUCGCAUUCUUACAGGAAAAAAGACGGUUUAAUUCAGAAAUAACUACACAAGACCUUUGUAAACAAAUCAUUAGCAGGCUGCUGCUGCUCAAGCAAACAUGCCUCUCGGGUUAAAACCAUGCUGUGCUGUCUGCAAGACCAGCUCUUCUUCCAUGUGGAAAAAAGGAAGCCAGGGGGAGAUUCUGUGUAACAGCUGCACGGGAAAGAGCACAAGCAGCGGAAGCUCCGGAGGAUCUACUUCCUCCGCCAUCCAGCAGAAUAACGGCGGAGGGAGACAGUCCAAACAUGAAAUCCACAGACGCUCGGCUCGGUUACGGAGCACCAAGUACAAAGCGCCGGCCUCUGAGAAGAAAGUCUCGACCAAAGGAAAGGGAAGACGACACGUUUUCAAAUUGAAAAACCCUAUCAAAGCCCCAGAGUCCGUGUCUACCAUCGUCACGUCAGAGUCCAUGUUCUACAAGGGCGUCUAUUAUCAGAUAGGAGAUGUCAUUAAAGUAAUAGACGAGGACGACGGUAAACCGUAUUACGCACAGAUCCGAGGUUUCGUCCAGGACCAGUACUGUGAGAAGAGCGCGGCGUUAACUUGGCUGAUCCCGACUCAGACCAGUCCUCGAGACCGCUUUGAUCCUGGCACGUACAUUGUUGGCCCUGAGGAGGACCUGCCAAGAAAAAUGGAGUACCUGGAGUUCGUCUGUCACGCCCCGUCAGAGUACUUCAAAUCCAGAAGCUGCCCUUUCCCAACAUUACCGGUUCGUCCAGAAAAAGGCUACAUCUGGACUCAUAUAGGACCGACGCCUGCCGUCGCCAUCAAAGAAACCGUAGGGUGACGUCCACCCUAAACCCAGACU